AUGGACACGCAGUUGGGAGGGCGCCGUCCCUGCGGCGCGGGGGGAGCCGUACCGGUACUGGACAGCGAGCUCGCGCGAGAGUAUCUUCCAAUCUUCUACUUUCACCCAAAAGAACCGUUUGCGCCGCUCGAGGUGGAGAAGUUCCUGCAGAACUGCGCCCUGUACAGUCCUCAGGGCGGGCUGCUGGCCGAGGACGCGUCGGACGUGCACAACGUGCUCCAGCCCGGUGCCGCAGGCGUCGUGCGCCUCCGCAAGGGCGCGACGUACCCCACGGGGGACUGGACGCGCCCGGUGAUAUACUACCACGUCGACCGCGACCACAGGCACUGCGCGCCGGCGCGUCCGAAGAAGGAGGGCGGGCCUCUGGUCACAAGCAAGCGGUGGCUCUCUGUGGUCUACAUGCUUUUCUAUAGCUACAACCCACACGGCCUGUUCGGCCUCGGGGACCACAUCGGGGACCUCGAGCAUGUCCGCCUGCUCAUCAACCCGGACACGGCGCAGGUGGAGUGGGUGUUCACGUCGGCGCACAGCCACGAGGGCCAGUACCGCCCGUUCGCGGCCCACAGGCCGCCAGCUUCAGAGGCAGCUGCCGAGGCGCUGAAAGACACGCGCGGGCCGCCGAUCUACGUGGCGUGCGGGUCGCACGCCCAUUACGAGCGCGAGGGCGUCGUGCGGAGGAUCUUCGGCGCCGGGAACGACCGGUGCAGCGGCGAGGGCACGUGCGCCACGCCGGGGAAUGCAGCGCUGUUCGACGUGCGCGAACGGCCGUGGUACGGCAUCCACGUGACGGUGCGGCCGCGGGGGCCAGAGCUGCCUGGGGCGCCGUGGUGGAUGCUGGCGUGUCCGGAACGGCAGGACAGGGCGAAGCGACUCAUGUUGAAGCGUCUAGCGCCGUGUUGUUUCUCGAACGAAGCUCUGUCCAGCCACAGUCAUUGGGGACAGGUCGACUGGGACGCUCGUGGUGGCUACUGCUACCGCAAGCACGAGGAGGACUUGCUCGGCGCGCCCGCGUCGCCUGGACGCCGCGUGUAG